CGUAGGAGCUCCAACGCGACGCAUGACGCAAGGGCGCAGCGACUAACGGAUUACUGAUCAACUGAUCGAUGUGUCGACUAACAGACGGAUUUUCCUGGGCUAUGUACUUCUGCCACUGCACACCACCGCUGGAUGUGUUUUCCAUACUUUCCCCACAAGGAACAGCACGACGUGAAGUCUUUCUCCAGACCGUCAGUUCAGGCGCAGCGGGACCCACUUGUUUCCAACAGGGGGAGAAAUGUAAGAAUCUGAUGUACCAUAAAUGUUUGUGUCAAGAGAUUUUCAUCAGGGACAAAACAGCGCGCUGGGAAGCAGUUUUCACCCGUCACUCACUGUGUGCAGGGAAAAUAUAGCAGCCCGGGUUCACUUUUCCAUAACGGAAAUGAGAUCAGUCCCUUUGCCUGGCUUCACUUCUUCUAAAACAUGGUCGAUGUAACUCUAUGCAGGCUUGUGCCACCGGGGUCUGACUUUCUUUGACUUUUCAACACAAACAGCCUUUUUUAAUGGAAAAAUGUUCGCUGGACUGAUGGGACUGGAAUGCCACGGCAACUCUCUGCUUCACCGCCGCGAAACCAUUCAAGGUGGCAGAGCAUCAGGGACAGCUGGCAGCUCCAGCCGUAAGAGGCUCCACCGAAGACCAGGGUACAUGAGAGGAGAGCAGUGCAGACUGCAGAGCGCCACUCAGGAAGAGGAGGAGGACGUCGGGACAACCACUUUUAUUUCCAAUGGAAAAUCAGGACGUGACGCUGACAUAGCUGAUGCAACUAAUGCUCAAAGGCCAAGUCCAGCUCCUGCAGACAGUGUGUCUUUAAUAAAUCAUCAACAGCCUGAUAAACACACGUGUAGCUCCUGGAAGACUCAGAGCUUUGUCUGCUCUGUUACCCACCCUCCUUCCCCUGUGGACUGCAAUUCUAAGAGUACAUCCAGCCAUCUGGGCCAGUCCUCACUGCCCCACAAUGAACUCAGGUUAAGUUCGAGCCUGGACACUCAUUCAGAGCCAGAGGACUCUUUUAACUCCAGCUUCAGUUUCAUCCAACAGUCACUUACCUCCAGCCAGAAAACAACCACCACACCCACACAAGAGCAAGAACUAAGUUCAUCAACAAAAGCAUCUGACCUGCCUCAAACAAAACCCGAAACCUUACCUGUCGAGCACAAUUUCUCUAAGCAGUCGUCUCCUGCUCAAACACUACCUGGAGGAAAGUUUUGGCGAGAAUGCCUGUUUGCCACCCACGUAGAAAGAUCCCACGUGCCUGACUGUGAGGCCCAGUCUAUUGAUAUAGAGGCCACCUCCUCGCUCUCCCUGGACUCGGACAGUACCUCUGCCUCCUCUGUCACCUCAGGCUACGAGAGCGCUACACCUGCCUUGGAGCAAGGCUGGGAUAACCUGCUGAAGAAGUACGAGGGCGUGCUGCAAGACUGCCUCCAAAACAACCGCACUCACACCAAGAUUGAAUCCAUGAUGUUGAAGCUGCAGAGGCUCCAGCAGAAAGCAAUUCUGGACGACGAUUAUGACGCAGCUGAGCGCUUUGGGAAAAAGUUAGAGGAGCUGUCUAAGGAACGAAGCACUCUGAAGCUGGGUUUACCCUCCCAACAGCCCAGCGUGGCGUUGCUCCUGGAGAGGCUCCGACAGGCGGUGGACAGCGCCCUCCAGAGGGCAGACUGCAGUCAGUACAGGGAGUGUGCAGAGCCUGUUGCAGGGGAGCAAUCCGACUCAUCACAGGGUCCACUGCAACGAAGAGAACGUCUGAUACGAGAGAGACGGCUUGUCGAGGAGGAGAUCGCAGAGCUGCAGCAGAGACUGGUGGAGCUGAAGGACCGUAGCCGGUGUCUGGAGCAGCAGAUCCAGCAGGAAGAGCAACAGGUGGAGGCUGAGGAGCUGGAGGCCUCCGUGCUGAGGAGCUGCAGCACGGCUCAGCUUCGCGACAUGAGCCGAACCCUCCAGGACCUCGUCGCUUCUGAAAAUCGCACACAAAUCUCAGUCUCUCGUCCUCCCUCCAUGCUCAGACUCCAGGAGCAGGAGCAGGCAUUAAAUCUGUCCAUUAAGGAAGCCACUGCUAAGGUGGUCAUGAGUCAGAGACUGGGCAGCAGCCUAAGGAGGAAAGUCAGUGAGACUGAAACACAGCUUUUGGCACUACAUGAAGCCAAACUGGCAGCCAUCUCAGAAAGCCGCCUGAAAGAGAACACCAGCAAGUAUAUUGAACUACUGGAGGACCGAUUGCACAGUUAUGGGUCUCCCAGCUUGGAGCGAAUCUGGGAAGCCGACCUGGAAGCAUGUCACCUUUUCCUGCGAGGUCUCCAGUUGCGGACUCCCAGCUGCAGUGGAGCAGACAUCGAAGACUUCCCCACUGCAACAGUUUAUCCUCCAUCCCAGCCAGGCACCAAAGAGGAAGAGGACUGUGCCAUGCUGACUGCUUUAGGAGGGCGAUGGUGUCCUGAGGCCAACUUACAGAACUCAGAGUUCACUAAGAAGCUGGAGGAGUUUUUGUUCUGCAUGGAGGAUAGUCACCCAGAGGAUGGGUGCAGCGACACUGGGGCUACCGAACUGACGGAGCGCUGUGAGCAGAUCAGCAACAGGCUGAUGUCCUUGGAAGAUGAACUGCAGAUGGCCAUACUGAAUCGGGAUCAGGCCCUCACCCAGUCUUUAGAGAAGGAGGUUCAGGAAGUAAAAUCCACUUUACAAACCAUGCUUGCACAGCUCAAGGUGGAAGAAGAGGACGAGGAGGAAGUGAAUGAGUUGGAUGACCUCAUGAAAAAUGGGAUUGAGGAAGAAGAAGAGGAGGAGGAGGAGGAGGAAGAGGACCAGUACUUCAGUGACAGCUGGGACAUUUGAAAUAGAUGUUUGCAGUGUUUUAUGAGCACUUAAACACAGAAUGGCUACCUGAUAGGUUGACCUCGGCUUUUACAGUAGAAGUGACCCCAUAUCCAUUUACUGUAAAGCCUCACUCGAAACACUCGACAAGCAGCCGCCGUGGUACUGCUGAAAGUUUCCAUCAGAUCAGGUCUGUAACUUUUCACCUGCUUCAAAAUGAAGAAACGUGAUAUAAAUACAACACACGAGACACUUUCUCCCUUAAAAAAGAGUGCCUUUGACGACUAGUUCACAUUGAGAUGUUUCUUUUUAACCGUUUUCAGACACAGUUUUUUUAAGAAGGUCAAAUUUAUUUUUCACUUUUUAAGCAUUUAAAUGUCACCACUUUUGUUACAGUCCCAUUUUAUAAGCAAGAUUUAAAGUCUGUGUAACCCAUGGCUGCAAAUGAAGGUUUGGUUUGAGUUUUGACCAGACACCAAGCGGACAAUCGGAAAACGUUAAAAUUUGUUUUCACUGCUAACAGUUUUGCACAUAAAAUAACAUAAAAUGU